AUGUUACUGUUGUUGUUGGCUGGUUGGCUAUCAUCAUCAUCAUCAUCAUCAUCAUCAUCAUCAUCAUCAUCAUCAUCAUCAUCAUCAUCAUCAUCAUCAUCAUCAUCAUCAUCAUCAUCAUCAUCAUCAUCAUCAUCAUCAUCAUCAUCAUCAUCAUCAUCAUCAUCAUCAUCAUCAUCAUCAUCAUCAUCAUCAUCAUCAUCAUCAUCAUCAUCAUCAUCAUCAUCAUCAUCAUCAUCAUCAUCAUCAUCAUCAUCAUCAUCAUCAUCAUCAUCAUCAUCAUCAUCAUCAUCAUCAUCAUCAUCAUCAUCAUCAUCAUCAUCAUCAUCAUCAUCAUCAUCAUCAUCAUCAUCAUCAUCAUCAUCAUCAUCAUCAUCAUCAUCAUCAUCAUCAUUAUCGUUCGGUUUCUCUAAGCAUAUCACCGUGCUUCCACACUUUUUCAAACUAAUGAGGAAGAUUUGGUAUAUCUAA